GCCUUUAUUCCAAAUACCGGUCGUGGAAUACAAGGUGCCACCGCACAUUGCCUCGGUCAAAAUUUUGCAAAAAUGUUUGAGAUUGAAUUUGAGAAUGAGAAGGGCGAGAAGACCAAAGUUUGGCAGAAUUCUUGGGGAUACAACACCUGCACGAUUGGAGUUAUGGUCAUGGUUCAUGGAGAUGAUAAAGGCUUGUUGCUACCACCUAAGGUUGCAGCGAUCCAAGUUAUUGUAGUUCCGGUACCUUACAAGGAUGCAGAUACACAUGCCAUAUUUGCAGCCUGCUCAUCAGCUGUUCAAACGUUGCAAGCAGCAGGAUUCAAGGCUAAGCAUGACUUGAGGGAAAAUUAUUCACCUGGUUGGAAGUAUUCUCAUUGGGAAAUGAAAGGAGUUCCCCUUAGAAUUGAAAUUGGUCCCAAGGAUUUAACAAACAACCAGAUAGAACAUUGAAUGCCGUUGU